AUUGCUACACCUGGUUCUACAAACAUGGAGGACCUGAUUCUGCACCUCCUGGUUUUAGUGCUGUAUAACCUCCACGUGGGCUCUGGCAAUGUGCCAAUAAAUCAGCAGAAUAUCCUAGCCUGUGCUGAAUGCUGCUAUCCAUAUGACUGCUGUGAUGUGUACUCCCAGGGUUUCCAUUCAGAUGGGGUGUAUUUAAUAUUCCCUGGGGGGACGUAUUCUCAGCCUGUCCAUGUUUACUGUGACAUGGCAUCUGCAGGAGGACCAUGGACGGUGUUCCAGAAGCGAUUUAAUGGUUUGGUGGACUUUUACCGAGGCUGGGACGAGUAUGAGAAUGGAUUUGGUCGUGCGGAUGGCGAAUAUUGGCUGGGUUUGCGUAACAUUCAUCAGCUCACACAGAGGAGGCCAUACCGUCUUCGCAUUCAGCUGGAGGACUUUGAGAAAAAUACACGUUUUGUGACAUAUGAGUCGUUCUUUCUCUCCCAAUUCGCAAUCUAUCCCCCGGAGCAGCAGUACAAGCUUAACGUUGCUGGAUUUAAAGAGGGGGAUCCAUUAAAUCCUGCAGGAAACUCUCUAGAACCGGCCAACAAUAUGAAUUUCUCCACUUAUGAUCAUGAUGGAGAUACAAUUUCAGGUAACUGUGCUGUAAUCUACCAUGGGGCAUUUUGGUACAACGGCUGCCAUAAUGCCAAUCUGAAUGGUAAAUACCUAAAUGGUAGCACUUCGGAGUAUGCCGCUGGCAUGGUGUGGAGCCUAUGGAAAGGUUAUUACUAUUCCCUGAAAAGGAGCGAGAUGAAGAUGGCUUGUAUAUCUCAGUAGCCUUUUCCUAUCAACUGACUGCAAGAACUGUGAUUUAUUCUCCGAUCAACUGACUGCAAGAACUGUGAUUUAUUCUCCGAUCAACUGACUGCGAGAACUGUGACAUAUUCUCCCAUCAACUGACUGCAAGAACUGUGACAUAUUCUCCCAUCAACUGACUGCGAGAACUGUGACAUAUUCUCCUAUCAACUGACUGCGAGAACUGUGACAUAUUCUCCUAUCAACUGACUGUGAGAACUGUGACAUAUUCUCCCAUCAACUGACUGCAAGAACUGUGACAUA